UGUGGGGAGUGCCUGCAGCCCUGCCUCCAAGUGCCAUCCCCGCUCUGCCCGCUCUGCCGCAUGCCCUUCGACCCCAAGAAGGUGGAGAAGGCUUCCAGCGUGGAGAAACAGCUUUCAUCUUACAAGGCUCCCUGCAGAGGCUGCAGCAAGAAGGUGACCCUGGCGAAAAUGCGCUCUCACGUCUCGUCCUGCGGAAAGGUGCAGGAGCAGAUGGCCAACUGCCCCAAGUUCGUUCCGGUUGUCCCCACAUCCCAGCCCAUCCCCAGCAAUAUUCCCAAUCGCUCGACGUUUGUGUGCCCCUACUGCGGAGCCCGGAACCUGGACCAGCAGGAGCUGGUGAAGCACUGCAUGGAGAACCACCGCAAUGACCCCAACAAAGUGGUGUGCCCGGUCUGCUCGGCCAUGCCCUGGGGGGACCCCAGUUACAAGAGCGCCAACUUCCUCCAGCACCUCCUCCACAGGCACAAGUUCUCCUACGACACCUUCGUGGACUAUAACAUCGACGAGGAGGCAGCGUUGCAGGCUGCCCUGGCGCUCUCGCUCUCGGAGAACUGAAGGUGACCAUGGAGCAUCGGUUUGGACACCCCCUUCCCCGUCGCACCCUGUCUCGUUUUGCACACUCGGCUUUCCUGCCGCGGAGGC